UUGUCUCCAAAACUCAAACGCCAGUGGAGAUGUUUUCCUCAUAGGAUCAGGUCCCACGUCGCCCACAUUCGUAGUUUAUUGUUAUUUUCCAUUCCAAGGUCAGCGAGGCGCAGAAACGCAGCCGGAGAAACUGGGGAUGCAAUUUCGACCGCCGUAAAGGCCGCCACUUGUAAAUGCAUUGACACACUUCUCCCAUUAAUCCCCUGUUCUGUUUUUGCUUUUACUGCCCCAAUCCAGUACUACGAAGUUAACAGCAACAACCCCAGAUAGCUAAUGGGCUAAUUUUCCACUUUUCGAAUCCCUUUUCUUGUGUUGCAUUAUGGGUUUCGUUUCGAUUUUCAGCCCCGGAUGUUUCGUUUAAGAUCAUUACUCUGUUCUGGGCAUUCUACUGCUGGUGAGUGGAACUGAAAUUUAAGUAAGCUGCUCUCUGUAAAAUUUUCGGGUGACAGAAUGGCUUCGUCGAAUACUACAGCAGUGACUAAAUGUCCAUCUCCAAUGAAAGCAACAUCGAACGGCAUUUUCCAGGGCGAUCAUCCUCUUGAUUUUGCUCUCCCUCUUGUCAUUCUGCAAAUAUGUUUGGUAGUCGUACUUACUCGCGGGCUUGCUUUUCUUCUCAGGCCGUUAAAGCAGCCACGAGUGAUUGGAGAAAUUAUUGGAGGAAUACUACUUGGUCCAUCUGCUCUUGGACGUAACACAAACUUUCUUCAUACGAUAUUUCCACCAAAUAGUAUAACACUGUUAGAUACUAUAGCAAAUAUUGGAUUGUUAUUCUUUCUCUUUCUUGUGGGUCUUGAGUUAGAUCUACAGUCAAUACGUCGUACCGGAAAGAAGGCCCUUGGCAUUGCCAUUACUGGAAUAUGCCUUCCAUUUGUAUUAGGAAUUGGAUCAUCAUUUGUCCUCCGAGGAACCAUUUCCAAAGGUGUAAAUGCUUCUGCGUUUCUCAUAUUCAUGGGUGUUGCACUUUCAAUAACGGCAUUUCCUGUCUUAGCUCGUAUUCUUGCCGAGCUUAAACUUCUAACCACUGACGUCGGUAGGCUGGCCAUGUCUGCUGCAGCAGUGAACGACGUAGCUGCCUGGAUUCUCCUUGCUCUUGCCAUCGCAUUAUCUGGCUCUGAUAAAUCUCCCCUAACUGCGGUUUGGGUCCUUUUAUCUGGCUGCGCCUUUGUCGUUGCAGCUAUUGUCAUUUUAUCCCCAGUUUUCAAAUGGAUUACCAAGCAAUGUUUUCAAGGGGAGCAAGUAAGUGAAAUCUACAUAUGCGCCACAUUAGCUAUCGUCCUAGCCGCUGGAUUUUGCACGGAUUUUAUUGGGAUUCAUGCUAUGUUUGGAGCUUUUGUUGUAGGAGUAUUAGUUCCAAAGGAUCGACCAUUAGUAGGUGCUUUGGUAGAGAAAAUAGAGGAUCUUGUUUCUGGUCUUUUCCUACCUCUUUACUUUGUGUCAAGUGGAUUGAAGACCAAUGUAGCCACAAUUCAAGGAGCACAGUCCUGGGGUCUUCUAGUUUUAGUCAUAGUUACUGCCUGUUUUGGAAAAAUCGUUGGCACUUUUAUCGUGWCGGUUCUUUGUAAAAUACCUGCGCGUGAGGCUCUCGCGUUAGGAUUUCUAAUGAACACCAAAGGUUUGGUGGAGCUUAUUGUUCUCAAUAUUGGAAAAGACAGAAAGGUUUUGAAUGAUCAGACCUUUGCAAUUAUGAUUCUAAUGGCUCUUUUUACUACUUUCAUCACCACUCCUCUUGUCGUUGCUGUAUACAAGCCAGCGAGGAGCGCCAAAUUAGGCGAUUAUAAGCACAGGAAAAUCGAACGGAAAAACAAGAACACACAGCUCAGGAUUUUGACCUGUUUCCAUAGUGCAAGAAACAUUCCAUCAAUUAUAAAUCUGCUGGAGGCCUCGAGAGGGACUGAGAAAGGUGAAGAACUUUGUGUAUAUGCAAUGCAUCUCAUGGAGCUGUCUGAGAGGUCCUCAGCCAUUCUAAUGGUACAUAAGGCGAGGAAAAAUGGUUUGCCUUUCUGGAACAAGGGCCAGAGGUCAGAUUCCAACCAUGUUAUCGUCGCGUUUGAAGCUUACCAACAACUGAGCAGAGUAUUCAUCCGACCGAUGACAGCCAUCUCUUCGAUGUCUGACAUACACGAAGACAUCUGCGCUACUGCUGAAAGGAAAAGAACUGCAAUCAUAAUUCUUCCGUUCCACAAGCACCAGAGGGUGGAUGGUUCACUAGAGACUACUCGAAGCAGCAUCCGCAUCGUUAAUCAGAAUGUUCUCGAGCAUGCUCCAUGUUCGGUUGGAAUAUUGGUUGAUCGUGGUUUGGGUGGAACAACCCAUGUUUCAUCGAGCAAUGUUUCGUUUUUCAUCACGGUUCUAUUCUUUGGUGGUGGAGAUGAUCGCGAAGCGCUUUCUUAUGGAGUUCGCAUGGCCGAGCACCCUGGCAUUAGAUUGAUGGUAAUACGUUUCUUUGUUGAGUCUGAGCCUGUUGGGGAGAUAGUCAGUGCUGAUACCCUCGGGAAAUCUUCUGCGAAGACCGUUUCUCAGGACUCUCAGGACGAGGAGUUUCUUGCUGAAUUCAAGCAAAAUGUGGGCAAGAGUGAUUCCAUCACAUAUGAAGAGAAAACCAUAAAAAGUGCUGCAGAAGCAAUGGAUGCAGUGCAGGAGUUGAAAAACUGCAAUCUGUAUCUCAUCGGCCGAACACCGUAUCUCAAAGCAAGCUCUGGCUUAAACAGAAGCGACUGUCCGGAGCUCGGUCCAGUUGGGAACCUGUUGACUUCACCAAACUUCCCGAUUGCAGCAUCGGUUUUGGUGGUGCAGCAAUAUCGCUCCGGUUUACCGGUGAAUUUGGCUUCAUAUUCUGCUGAGGGAGAAUCAGAAUCAGCAUAGUUUUGCUUCUUGCUGCUGUUAGAAUUCACCGGUGGAAUAAAAACUGGACAUUACAUUACACAUUCUUGAGUAGCACAUAGGAGAAGAAGAGGAGCAUCUUUGUGGAUCAUAGUUUUACAUUUCUCAACUUUCUACUUUUUGGUAUCAACUCUGAUAUAUGAUUGUUGUGUUACUUGAACUGCAAAUAAUAUUUGCCAAAUAUAACCAGACUCUUUUUUCCUUUGUUUUUUGGGAA